GGUAAAUCAGGGUGUCUUUGCUGAAGUGCUGGAGUGGAGCAGAAGCUCAUCAUCUGUGCAUGAAAACAUCUCUGCCUGCGUGUUUUCUGCGACGAGUUGAAUAAUAAUAAUAAGAGCAUUUGAGCUGGUUAAAUGUGUUGAUCUGUAAAUCCUGAGAAAUGAACGAAACCAAAAAAGUCUUCUCCUGCUCCUUGUGUCCUCUUUCCUACACAUCUCAAAUUGACCUCCACAACCACAUCACGACUUGCCACUAUGAGGAUUCAGGAGAAAUUAAAUAUGAAAACAUGAUGCCCACAGGAUGCUCGAGUAGUGAGCAGAACACUGAUGGUAAUUUACCGACUACCACCAAUCACAAACCACUGGAGGAAGACCAAUAUUCAGAUUGUGGGAACAGUUUUACUCAAGAGAUUGAUCUCAAAGCACACCAACACCUCCAUACAGGAGAAAAGCCGUAUCACUGUUCUGAGUGUGGGAAAAGUUUUAAUUGCCAAGCUAAUCUCAAUGUGCACCAGCGCAUUCACACAGGAGAGAAGCCGUAUAAAUGCCUAGAGUGUGGAAAGAGUUUUGCACAGUCGGGUCAUUUUCAACAACACCAGCGCAUUCACACGGGAGAAAAGCCGUACCAGUGCUCACAGUGUGGGAAGAGUUUUACUCGUCAAGCUAAUCUCAGAACACAUCAACGCAGUCACACGGGCGAGAAUCGGCAUCAGUGCUCACAAUGUGGAAAGUGUUUUACUUACCGAAGUAAUCUUGAAAUACACCAGCGCGUUCACACGGGAGAGAAGCCGUAUAAUUGCGUACAGUGUGGGAAGAGUUUUGCACAAGUGGGUCAUUUUCAACAACACCAGCGCGUUCACACCGGAGAAAAACCGUAUCACUGCUCGCACUGUGGAAAGAGUUUUGCACAAGUGGGUCAUCUUCAACGGCAUCAGACUGUCCACACAGGAGAGAAGCCGUAUCACUGUUCACUGUGUGGAAAGAGUUUUGCUGAAAGUGGUACGCUUAAAUCACACAUGCGCAUUCAUACAGGAGAAAAGCCGUAUCGCUGCUCGCAGUGCGGAAAGAGUUUUACCAAAAGUGGAAGCCUCAAAGCACAUAUGCGUAUUCAUACAGGAGAGAGACCGUUCCAGUGUUUACAGUGCGGGAAGAGUUUUUAUUGCCGAAGCCCUCUCCUAAUACAUCAGCGUAUUCACACAGGAGAGAAACCUUUCCAAUGCUUACAGUGUGAGAAGAGUUUUUAUUGUCGGAGCCGUCUCCAAAUACAUCAGCGCGUUCAUACUGGAGAGAGACCAUUUCCCUGCUUUCAGUGUGGGAAAAGUUUUUAUUGCCGGACUCAUCUUCAAAUACAUCAGCGCAUUCACACAGGAGAGAGACCGUUUCACUGCUUACAAUGUGGGAAAAGUUUUUAUUGCCGGACCCAUCUCCAGAUACAUCAGCGUAUUCACACAGGAGAGAAGCCGCAUGUCUGCUCACAGUGUGGGAAGAGUUUUAGUCUGCUGAGUACUCUCAAAGUACACCAGCGCGUUCACACAGGCGAGAAGCCGUAUCAUUGCCUACAAUGUGGGAAGAGUUUUGCACAAGUGGGUCAUCUUCAACAACACCAGCGCGUUCACACCGGAGAAAAGCCACGUCACGGCUCGCAGUAUGGAAAGAGUUUCGCACGAGCGGGUCAGCCUCAAAAACUCAAACCUGCUCCCACAGGACAGAAGUUGUAUCGCUGCUCACAGUGUGGAAAGAGUUUUACUAAAAAUGGUGCUCUCGAAGCACACAUGCGCAUUCACACAGGAGAGAGACCUUAUGACUGUUUACAGUGUGGCAAGAGUUUUUAUUACUGGACCUAUCUCCAAAUACAUCAGCGCAUUCACACAGGAGAGAAGCUGUAUAUCUGCACACAGUGUGGCAAGAGUUUUGGUCUGCUGAGUACUCUCAAAGUACACCAGCGCAUUCACACAGGAGAGAAGCCGUAUGUCUGCUCACACUGUGAAAAGAGUUUCAGUCUGUUGAGUACUCUCAAAGUACAUCAGCGCAUUCACACAGGACAGAAGUCCUAUCAAAUGAACAACACUUUGAUAGUUUUCUCCUGCUCCUUGUGUCCUCUUUCCUACACAUCUCAAAUUGACCUUGAUGACCACACCGAGACAUGCCACUAUGAGGAAUCAGGAGAAAUUAAAUAUGAAAACCUGAUGCCUACGGGAUGCUCGAGUAGUGAGCAGAACUCUUUACCAACCACCAUCAAUCACAAACCACUGGAGGAAGAUCUUCACCAAUACCCAGAAUGUGGGAACAGUUUUACUCAAGAGAUUGAUCUCAAAACAUACCAACACCUCCAUACAGGAGAAAAGCCUUAUCAGUGUUUGGAGUGUGGAAAGAGUUUUAAUCACCGGAAUACUCUCCGACAACACCAGCGUAUUCAUACAGGGGAGAAGCCGUACCACUGCUCAGAGUGUGGAAAGAAUUUUAAUCACCACACUAAUCUCCAAACACAUCAACGCAUUCAUACAGGAGAGAGGCCGUAUCACUGCUCAGAGUGUGAGAAGAGCUUUACUCACCACAGUGCUCUCCAAAGACACCAGCUCAUUCAUACAGGAGAGAAGCCGUACCACUGCUCGGAGUGUGGGAAGAGUUUUAAUCGGCAAACCAAUCUCAAAACCCAUCAACGCAGCCACACAGGAGAGAAGCUGCAUCAGUGCUCACAGUGCGGAAAGAGUUUUUCUCACAGAAGUGCUCUCCAAACACACCAGCGCAUUCACACGGGAGAGAAGCCGUAUAAUUGCUUACAGUGUGGCAAGGGCUUUGCACAACUGGGUCAUCUUCAACAGCACCAGAACGUUCACUCGGGAGAAAAGCCGUAUAAUUGCUUAUACUGUGGAAAGAGUUUUGCGCAAGUGGGUCAUCUUCAAAAACACCAGACUGUUCACACGGGAGAGAAGCCGUAUCGCUGUUCACAGUGUGGAAAGAGCUUUACUCAGCCGAGUACUCUCCAAACACAUCUGCGUAUUCAUACGGGAGAGAAGCCGUAUCAGUGUUCACAGUGUGGGAAGAGUUUUACCAAAAGAGGUACUCUCAAAGCCCACCAGCGCAUUCACACAGGAGAGAGACCCUAUCAGUGCUCUCAGUGUGGGAAGAGUUUUACACACUUGCUUAGUCUCCAAAUACACCAGCGCAUUCACACGGGAGAGAGACCAUAUCACUGCUUACAGUGUGGGAAGAGCUUUAUUCGCAGAACUUAUCUCCAGAUACAUCAGCGCAUUCACACAGGAGAGAAGCCGUAUGUCUGCUCACAGUGUGGGAAGAGUUUUAGUCAGCUGAACACUCUCAAAACACACCAGCGCAUUCACACGGGCGAGAACUCUGAUGCACUUGAUGCAUGUUAAUCACAGUGCAGGAAGAGUUUUAAUGAAGGCAUACCCCAGAGAUGGGCACUCGAGUUAGUGACUCGGACUUGAGUCACAUUUUAAUAGACUUCAGACUUGACUUCAAACUCGACCUGAAAUGACUUGACUCGACUCGAUAAAAAGGACCUGUGAAUAUUGUAAAAACAGCUCGACUCUUUUAACGAGUCAUAAAGUAAGAAUUUGUUUUAUUUGUAAGGUUUUAUUAUAUCUGCGUCACAUUUUUCCCUGUGUGUCAUGGUAGAUCAGACCCUUAUCAUAAAAUUCGAUGACGUAUUUCUGCGUAAACAUGAAAUAUGGUGGCUCACGUUUGGCUUAAUUAACAUACUGUCCUCAGAAGCAGGAACUUCAGGAAGAUCAGCUAAAUGCAAAGAAUUUGGGAAAACAAUUAAAGAUACUGGAACAAUGACAUCAAACUUUAUUACACAUCUAAGAACACAUCCACAAAGGUUAGUCACGUUAACGCACAUAGCUAGCUAGUAUUGUACUGUCGCAAACAUUGGGUAGUGUAGCUGCAUGGCUUAUUUGGAUUGCCAAGCAGAGGUUGCGCUAACUGUUAAAAACAUGAAAGAGUCUAGCCUUUCAAUAAGGCAUGAAUGAUGUAACGGUUACUGACGUGAGACUUGACUCGGACUCGUGACGAAAGACUUCAGACUUGACUUGGACUCCAGAUGAAAGACUUUGUGAACAUCUCUGGCAUACCCUGCUCUAUAUCUAGGACUGGAAUCAGCCAGCUAAAAGAAACAUUGGCAAAGUGCAGACAGAUAUUUAGGCCAAAAAUCAGCCAGUUACAGUCUAAAGCAGAUUGAUCUCCCAUCUCUAACUGUUAAGUUUGCAGUACCAAGAACCAUUCACUAACAUUAGAGCUUCCUGGGUGUUUACAUGGUGCUGCAUGAAACGUUAAUUAAUUUCUCUUCAGUAGUUUCUCUUCAAGUUUUUAUCCUGUCUGGGUUAGGGCAGUUUAAAUGACAAAGUUGUUUAUAUUUUGGGGAAUAUAGCAAGCUAAAUUUAACAGAAAAUAUUGCAGGCAGAUGCAAACAAAAACAAUAACUGUAUGAGCGGAAGGGAUUGGUCAACAUGUACUCUAGAGCAACCACAUGUAUUCUUGAAUUGAUAUUGUCAUCCAAGUCACCUUUUGAGUUGCAUUGAUCUUGCUAGACAUAAUUGUCUCGUCACUAAUGUCCAAGUUUUUUAAGCUUAACAAACUUACAAACAUCUUGACCCCCGAUCUCUCCAGUUUAUGUCCAGUCUUUAACACACAUUCUCUGUCUAAGAUGGACUUCUGUAAGUUGAUCUGAAUAAUGGCAGCUGCUAAAUACUGUAAAUGUAAAUCUGAGAUUUUGGAGAAAGGUGUUGCUGUUUCUUUCUAAUCAUGAAUAACAAGUAUGAUGUAUUUCAGUUUGCUUUCUGGAAGAAUCAUAGAACAGAAUCAGUGCUGGCUAAAUUCCCAUGUAAGAAAUAUCUCUAAAACUGACUGUGAUUUAAAGAAACAUAUCCAAAAUAAUACAUAGCUUAACCGUACAUGGUGCUGAGAAAUUAAUAUAUAUUUCAAUAGUCUCCAUAUUAGACUGUGUAAUUAUGUAAAUAUUUGUAGAAGCUUCAGCUUCUUCACGGUGAAGCACAGCGGCUUAAUGGUUAGCACAUUCACCUUGUACCUCUGGGGUUUGGGGGUUCAAAUCCCUCUUCGCGUGGAGCUUGCAUGAUCUCCCCGUGCUUCAGGGGUUCCCUCUGGGUACUCUGGUUUCCUCCCCCACCCCAAAGACAUAUGUUGUAGGCUGAUUGGCGUUUCCAAAUUGUCCAUAGGGUGUGAAUGUGUGCACGAUUGUGCCCUGUGAUGGGUUGGCACCCCGUGUAGGAUAAGCAGUAUAGAAGAUGGAUGGAUAUUCAAGGUACCCUUGCUGUCUGUUAAUGUCUGCAUUAACUAUAAAGUCCUGCUUAUGAUGUUUCAAUUCAGUUUUAUUUAUAUAGCACUUUCAACACUGUCACAUUGUCAUAAAGCUCUGAAUGGAUAAAGUUCUUCACUCAGCUGAGACUGUCCUAGUGUUACUCUCAUCAAUAAUCACACCUCAGCAGGUGGAAGUAAUGUUCAUAGUUUUGUGUCUUGAGUGAUUGUAGAUUGUUUUGAAGUGUACUGUCUACAUGUACUGUGUUUUGACUGUUUAAUGGUGUGUAUAUAGCACUUUGAUCUCAAAAUGAAAAGUGUUGUAGUAGUAAA